AUGUCUAGCCAGGUUACUCCAGAAGUCCUAUGGGCGCAGCGCUCGUCCACCACUGAGCCAGAAAAGAAUUACAUCUACCUGACCAUCAGCGUGCCUGAUGUUCCCCCCAAGUCCCUCAAACUCGACCUUAAGCCCACCGGCCUCACCUUCACUGGCACGUCAGAGACCAAGAAGACCACAUAUCAUCUUGAGAUGGAAUUCUACUCUGAGAUCGAUGUCGAGAACUCCAAGACGCAUCACACCCCAGCCAACAUCCAGAUGAUUCUCAGGAAGAAGGAACUCAAGGAAGAGUACUGGCCACGCCUCCUCAAGGACCCCGCAAAAGUACAUUACCUGCGCACAGACUUUGACAAGUGGGUGGAUGAGGACGAACAAAACGAAGCUCCGGAAGAUGACUAUAUGAACCAAUUUGGAGGUGGUCUCGGAGAAGACGGGGGCUUUGGUGGCAUUGACUUCUCCAAACUCGGUGGUGGUGCCGGCUUGGGAGCAGAGGGAGGAGCCGAGGGUGGCGACGACAAUGAAGAGGAAGAGGAGGAUGAUGAUGAUGAGAUGCCCGAUCUCGAAGAGGACGAAGCAGAAGGUGACGCUAAAGGCAAAGGCAAAGGCAAGGAGGCCGCAUGA